AGUAUUUCGUCAACAAGGACAACAAGUGCAACCAUUUUAUUCUCCAAACAAAAACUCCAUCGACCAUCUGCCAAGCUGAAUUAAUUAGUAUUUUCUCUUGAUAAUCUUCAUUAUCUAUAUAUUCUAUUCAUUAUUCAGUAUUGAAGAUUCAAUGGCAUCACCUUGGGCAGAAAUUCAGCCAAAUUUAGAAACAAUCAGUUUUGAAAAAAUAACAGCUGAAGAAAUGGCUAAAAGCUUCCAAGAAAAAGAAUUACAAGAAUAUGCAAAAAAAGUUGACCAAUUGGAUACUUUUGAGGAGUGUAAAUUUUGCACUGACACCGAUACUGGUACUGACAGUGAUGCUGUUAUUGCCCAGUUGCUUCAAAAUCAGUAUAACAAUGAGCAUGAUAUGAUGGUGCAAAGAAGCGAGGAAAAAUUUAAUGGUCACUCUAAAGUGGCUGUAUCAUUUGUUAAUUAUCGACUAUCCUCUGCGAACAAGUCCAAUGAGAGACAAGUAGCUGCUGAUGACGACAAUCGAGAUGUAGAUAGAUUUGUGAAUGUGGAAAGAGAAUAUGCGUCUAUACCGAAAUGCGGCUAUAAAAAAACAUCGGAAGGUUCGGAAAUUGUUACAAAACAUGAUAUGCUUUUAACUUCAAGAUUAAAUGCUUGCCGAGUACUCGAAUUUCCCCCAGGAAUAUCAACUGGCGAUACUGGUGGAUUUGAUGUGAAGUUGAAUAAUAAAGUAUUCAAUUCAUUACGAGCUCACAGUCAUGCCUUUUGUGCUAGAAGAAAAUUAAAAACUAAAUCCCAGCAUAUUAAAUAAUCAGGAAAAAGAAAAGAGAAAUAAGUCAAUGUAAGUUGAAAAAAAUCAGUCAACAGAUAAUAAUAAUAAAUAAAC